GACGUCAAGAAGAAUGAGUAAAAAGUCGAAAAAAUUACGUAUUACAUAAAAACAGGUGAAAAAAAUGCACUACAAGCGAGCAUUGAUUUUUAAGAGUGACGUUACAGAGAAUAUAAGAUGAAAAAUAAAAGGUACGAAGAAUUUUCAUAAACGCUUGUGACGUAUAACUACGUCAAUAAUUGAGAGAAAAAUUUCUCUAUUAUAAUUUUCAAUAUUUAUAUUGAAUUUCUUUUGACGAUAAACAACUUUAUAUUUAAUUUUGUCCCGACACUGAAGACAGUAAGUUCGUGGAAAGAAAGUGUACAAACAAAUUUUUCUAUUUAUGAGUAAAUUUGGAAAUUUGAUAAUAAAUAUAUAUUUUUAAAAUUGGAGUCUUAUUGUGUGUAAAACCUGCGGGCAGGUGAAAAUAAUAUAGUUGUAGUAAUUUUUUUAAAAUUAACAGUAAAAAAAUAAAAUAGUGAAAAUAAUAUAGUUGAAGACAUUUUUUUUAAAUAAACAUUGAAAAAUAAUAUAGUUGAAGACUUUUUUUUUUAAUAAAAACUGAAAAAUAGUAAAAUAGUGAAAGUGAUAUAGUUGAAGACUUUAAAAAAAAAACAGUGGAAAAUAAUAAGAUAGUGAUAAAAAAUAGGACUUGAAAAAACAUUAUGAAUUCCCAAACCGAAGAUACAAAUGCAGUGAAGAAAAAGUUGUUCAAAAAAGAUGAUUACCGAGCAUUUAGAAUUGCUCUCGAUGUUCAGGAAUCUGAUUUAGAAGAUUUUUGUAUUGAAAUGAGUAAAAAAAAAGUUAAGUCUCCAAAGUGCUUGCUCAAAUCAGUAUUUAAGGAAAAAAAUUCUCAAGUUGAGAAAAAAUCUUCACAAAAAGCAGAAAAAAAAAUUGAUCAUUCAUUGACAGUUAGGACUGAAAAAGAGAAUAUUAAACCGAAAAAAAAUGUUAUUAAUCAGCCGUUGGAAGAAAUAUUUAAUGAUGAGGAAGAAAUUAUUGAAGCUUCCGGUGAGCAAAAAGAAAUAGAAGAAAAGAAAAAGGAAAAGAAGAAAAAAGCAUUGAAUGUUGAUUUGGAUGUGGUGAAAAAGAAAAAGAUUUUAAAAAAAACGAAAAAAAAUUCUAAAAAUGUAAGUAAGGAGGCCACUUUGGAUGUGAUGAAUACGACAUUUUUGGAGGAAAAUGAAGAGAUAACAAACGAAGAAAUAGCAAAUGAAGAAAUAACAGACGAUGAAAUAACAAAGAAUGUAACGAAGAAAAAAGAAAAUGUCACGAAAAAGAAGAAAACCAAAGGCAUAGUGAAAUCAAAGACUUCUGAACACGUUUCAACAGAGAAGAAGAAAAUUUCUAGGAAAUCGAAAAAAAUCCCCAAAAAUUUACAGGAUGAUUCGAAUAUGGAAACUAACGAAGCACUUUCCUUUGAGGGAAUAGAAAAUUAUAAGGAAACUGAUAAUGCUAAUGAGGAAGUGUCAAUCAACAUUAAAAACCCAAAUUCAUCAUCAGUAGCAUUAAUCGAGGAAGGACAGGAUCUACAAUCUUUUGAAGAAAUCUGCAAAAAUAUACAAAAUUCUUCUACUUUUAUUGAAGAAGAUGAAGGCGAGAAAUUAGGAGAAAUAGAAGAAGAAAAACGAGAAGCCGAAGAAGAAGUAGAAAAAGCAGAAAUAGAAGUCGAACAAGAAGACAUAGAAAAAGAAGAAAAAGAUGAAGAAAUAGAAGUAGAACAAGAAGUCAUAGAAGACGAAGAAGAAGAAAAUGAAGUCGAACAAGAAAAAAGAGACGAUAAAAAAACGGAAAAAGUAGAAAAAGAAAAACAAGUUGAACAAGAAGAAAUAGAAGAAAAAAGUGACGAUGAAACAGAAAAAGAAGAGGAGGAAGAAGAAGAAGCAGAAGAAGAAAUAGAGGAACGACUGUCAGCACAGAAUGAAGAGACUUUAAAAAUCCAAAAUGAAGAUCGGACUGAAAAUGAAACAUUACAUCUUCCUUCAAUUUCAUUAGAAAUGUCCGAACCUUCUGAAAAUUCUGAAGUUACUCUCAAUCUUGCGGAAAAAUGUUCGACACCCAAAGUCAAUCAGGCUAUUGCUUCUACAUCUUCGUUUUCACCACUGAAAGAAAAAGAAGAGAAUUAUAAAUUGAACGAAAUUAGUGAAGCAUUAGCAAAAGUUCAUAUUUCUCCUCAACCAACAGAAAAAGUAAAAGUGAGUAAACGUGAAGCAGCACGUAAGAGAAAAGAACAGCGUGAUCAGAAAAAAAUGGCCAAAGCAGUGGGUAAAAUUAAUAAUUAUGCUCUGAAACAAUUGAAGAAGCUCGAUGUUGAUGUUGUCCAUCCUGAAUUACAACAAUACAUAAAUUCAGUACAGGCAGAUACUGAAUCAAGUUCGAGUAGUGAUGAAGAAACAUCAGAUGUUUGUUACUGUCCCGAUUGUGAUUGCUCAUUACUAUGUGAAUGUUCGUGUUGUAAUGACAGUUCGGGAUCAUCAGCUAGUGAAUAUAGUGAAACUUGUUCUUGCUCAAGAUGUCAGGAGUCAACUUCCUCAUCAUCCGACUCUUGCUACCCUGUUGAUGAUUCUUCUUCUGAAGAGUAAAAAAAAAUUUUUUUUUCGCUACUAAUCUAGCCUCAAAAAUUUUUUUCGAAUUAUUAUUUCGGUCAUUUAAUUCAAUAUACUUGUCGUCCAGAAGAUAUUUGUUGACUAACACAUAAACAAUAUUUAAAUAUUUACUGCAGGAAAAAAAAUUUCUUAAUUGGACUUUUAUGUUAUUUAUUGAGACUAAUUAUUAAUUACCGACUUAUAUAUAAUUAUGAAAAUUGUUACUUUCGGUGAAUUAUGAGAAUUAUUUAUUGCGACUAUUUUUAUCUAUAUGUAAUUUCUGACACUGUAUCGUUGAAUUUUUGAAUUUUAUCUAUUCUGUAUUUUUGAUUCCUGAAAAGGGGAUAAAAUGUAAUAUAUAUUAAUUUUUUGAAAGAUAUUAAAUAUAAUUUGAUGUCUGAAUAUAUUUUAA